UCUCCUCAUUUUCAUACCCCUUUCUCUCUCUAAGUCAAUUACAUACACAUUUCAUCUAGAGAGAGAGAGGCUGGAACUGCGUUCUGUGAAGACAAUGGCGAUGGAUUCGAAGAAAUUGGCGGUCUCUCUGUUUUCAGCUAUGCUGUUUCUGUUUUUCGUUGGAGCUAUGGCUAGAGUUGAGAAAUCUCAAACCGCGAUACCGAGUGAGGCGGAGAAUUUGCAGAGCUCCCCAAACUCAACAAUGGCGGAAAAGUUGGGAGGCAUUGAUGAGGAGGCCUUGAAUGAGCAUGCUGUGGCUGAUCCAGAAGAGGUUGUGAGAAUGGUUGAAAUGGCCACUCAGAACAGCACGGAGAGGCGAAAACUGGGAUAUUUCUCAUGCGGAACCGGUAACCCCAUUGACGACUGUUGGCGUUGUGAUCCCAAUUGGCACAAGAACCGCAAGCGCCUAGCGGACUGUGGCAUUGGUUUUGGGCGCAACGCCAUUGGAGGCCGUGAUGGGCGGUUCUAUGUCGUGACUGACCCUAACGAUGACAAUCCCGUGAACCCCAGGCCGGGAACUCUAAGGCAUGCUGUUAUCCAGGAAAAGCCCCUCUGGAUCGUGUUCAAGCGUGAUAUGGUUAUCAAGCUGAAGCAGGAACUGAUCAUGAACAGUUUCAAGACAAUUGAUGGGCGUGGCGCGAAUGUCCACAUAGCUGGUGGAGGCUGCAUCACAAUCCAGUAUGUCACCAAUGUGAUCAUCCAUGGCCUCCACAUCCAUGACUGCAAACCAACUGGCAACGCCAUGGUGAGGAGCUCGCCUUCCCACUACGGUUGGAGGACUAUGGCUGACGGCGACGCCAUUUCCAUCUUUUCGUCGAGCCACGUCUGGGUGGAUCACAAUUCGCUCUCUAACUGUGCGGAUGGCCUUGUGGACGCUGUGAUGGGAUCCACUGCCAUUACCAUUUCCAACAAUUACUUCACCCACCACAACGAGGUUAUGCUCUUGGGCCACAGUGACGCCUACACGAGAGACAAGCAAAUGCAGGUGACCAUUGCCUUCAAUCACUUUGGUGAAGGCCUUAUCCAGAGAAUGCCAAGAUGCCGUCAUGGAUACUUCCACGUGGUGAACAAUGACUACACUCACUGGGAGAUGUACGCCAUUGGUGGAAGCGCAAACCCCACGAUCAACAGCCAAGGCAACAGAUAUCUUGCACCAAGCAAUCCUUUUGCAAAAGAGGUGACAAAGAGGGUUGACACGAAUCAAGGUCAAUGGAAGGGUUGGAACUGGAGAUCCGCGGGCGACCUCAUGCUUAAUGGAGCUUACUUCACCCCAUCCGGAGCCGGAGCUUCAGCCAGCUAUGCAAGAGCUUCAAGCUUAGGCGCCAAGUCAUCAUCCAUGGUAGGAACCAUUACAUCCGGAUCCGGUGUUCUUGGAUGCCGCCGUGGUCAUCAGUGUUAGCACACACUCUGCAUCUCCCUCUUCCAACUACAUCAACACAAAAGGCAAAACAAAAUCACUUCACCUUAUUUUUUUACCCUUUUUUUCCUUUUGCCAUUUUAGAUUAUGAUUUGACCCCAUUGAAGCAUCACCCUAUCCAUAUUAUAGUGAUUGUUGUCUAUCAUCCAUUGAAACUGGCAAGUGUACAUUUAUGACACAUGUCCAACCAUAUCCCUCUCAUCAUCUACAUCGCUCUCGCCUUCUCCCCGUUGUUGCUCAACCUCGUCCUGCUUCAGUCAAAAGAAAAACAAUGAUAUUCUUGGGAGCAGGUGCUGAAGCGUUGUCCAAACUCUUUUUUUUUAAAUCAUCUUUCAGUCAUGGAUUCUCCACAAUUUGCCUAUCCACAUAUAUCUCAUCUUUAAGUCUACCGAAAUUGUGUUGGCUUUCAUUCUUCAUAGGAACUAAAUGAUAUUGUAAUUUUCUAUUUCUCUUUCUUCUUUGUUUUAGCUUCUUUUUUUUUUUUUCUUGAGUCAUACAAGCUAUAGUGUGAAUGUCUAAACAUUGAGUUAUUGGGGAGAGAGAGAAAUGAGGACCUUUGUAAUACAUGAUGCAUGUUAUUAAAGGUUCAUUGCCUUUUAGCUUUUCUCCACUUCUUUUUGCUUUGUCUUUGUCAAUGAAAAGCAUUAUUGCUGGUUUGUGUA